UAUUUAUUAAUUAUUAAACUUUUCCAGGGAUCGGAUCCAACAACGAUGGAGCUAUUGAAAAAGAUCCAAAUCCUCCAGAAACGUUUACUUAAAAUGAAUCAACUCGUGAUAUCAAAAAGCAAUAAGAUAAAGGAAAUUGAAAAAUUGUACAUGGAGUUAAGACAAAUUCUUGCGAAGCAGCCAGCCCCGCAAUCAAUAUCUAAUCUCGUUAAGGCUAGAGAGGCUCUGCGAGAAAGAGGCAAGCAGAUGAAGUGCCUAACUGCAGAGCUGAACAUGUGGGAGUGCCGAGCGAACGAGUAUAAAUACGAAGUAGAGAGGCUGAAUAAAGAACUGCGAGAACUAAAGACCAAGUACUUAGCAUUGAAGCGGAAAAGCUCGUCGAAGUCAUUGAAAAGCAGCUGCGGAACUAUCAUAAGCGAUUCGCCGCGAUCAUCAGCUUCGCCAGCUAAUCAAAAAAAAUACUGCGGUGGCGGAUUUACUAUGCUUGUCGCGCCCUCACAAAAUUAUUAUAGCUUAGAAUAA